CUCUCACCCCGUUCUCUCUCGCUGUGUAACGCCAACGCCGACCGGGGACACUGCCUCCGCAGGGGGAUUAGAUAGCUAAAACCCUCUAAUUUGGAUCCCUUUUGGUUCGGAUAUCGUGUGUGUUGAUUUUGUCUGGGUUCUUCAGGAGCUUGCUCGCUUGGAUCUUCUUCUCUGGUGUUUCUUCUGGUUGAGUGGAAGGGGGCGUUAUUACUGUUGGACUCGGAGGGACCGAUUUGUAAAUCCAGUUGCUUCUCCUGUCUUGGCUCGAGAUCCGGGCCAAGCACAGAAGAAUCGGAUUCAGAUUUGCAUUUGACUAUCUUCAACCGCUCACAGGCUUGGAUAUUCCUUUUCCCACGAAUGGCUUCAGGCGAGGGAUUUCUGACAGAUGAGCAGAGGGAAAUGCUAAAAAUUGCCAACAAUAAUGUGGAAAAUUUAUCGUCAUCCCCGAAAUCUCCCACAUCCUUUGUUGCUGACCAUCAUAUAAAAGCUCCUGCUGGUAGUAAGGCCCAAACUGCUGGGAUUGCUGUGAGGCAUGUGCGGCGAUCACACUCUGGAAAGCUUGUGCGGGUGAAGAAGGAUGGUGCCGGUGGUAAGGGCACUUGGGGAAAACUGCUUGAUACUGACGGUGAAUCUCGUAUAGACAGGAAGGACCCAAAUUAUGAUAGUGGUGAGGAACCCUAUCAGCUGGUCGGGUCUACUGUCACUGACCCCUUAGAUGAAUUCAAGAAGGCAGUUGUUUCCACCAUCGAGGAAUAUUUCAGCACGGGUGAUGUGGAAUUAGCUGCCUCUGAUCUCAGAGAACUUGGUUCUAGUGAAUAUUAUCCAUACUUUAUCAAGCGCCUUGUGUCUAUGGCCAUGGACAGGCAUGAUAAGGAGAAAGAAAUGGCUUCUGUUUUGCUUUCAGCAUUGUAUGCUGAUGUGAUUAGUCCUGCACAGAUUAGGGAUGGAUUUUUUAUGCUUCUUGAAUCUGCUGAUGAUCUUGCGGUUGACAUACUGGAUGCUGUUGACAUCCUUGCUUUGUUUCUGGCUCGGGCCGUUGUUGAUGAUAUCCUUCCUCCAGCCUUUCUUGCCAGGGCAAGAAAAGCACUUCCUGAGCAAUCCAAGGGGUUUCAGGUUAUCCAGACUGCAGAGAAGAGUUAUCUCUCAGCUCCGCAUCAUGCAGAGCUUGUAGAGAGGCGAUGGGGUGGUAGCACUCACAUCACUGUUGAAGAAGUAAAGAAGAAGAUUUCUGAUUUAUUAAGAGAAUAUGUUGAGAGUGGUGACACAGUUGAAGCCUGCAGGUGCAUAAGGGAGUUGGGGGUUUCAUUCUUUCAUCAUGAGGUUGUGAAGAAGGCUCUGGUACUUGCCAUGGAGAUCCGUUCAGCGGAAUCUUUAAUGUUGAAGUUAUUAAAAGAAGCAGCAGAAGAAGGCCUCAUUAGUUCCAGUCAAAUGGUGAAAGGUUUUUCUCGUUUGGCGGAAGGCCUAGAUGAUCUUGCUCUUGAUAUUCCGUCAGCCAAAACUUUGUUUCAGUCAUUGGUACCCAGAGCGAUAUCUGAAGGAUGGCUUGAUGCUUCAUUUUUUAAGCCCUCUGGUGAAGAUGGGGAUAUCCCAGUUGAAGAUGAAAAAGUUAGGGACUACAAAAAAGAGGCAGUAACUAUAAUUCAUGAGUAUUUUCUCUCUGAUGAUAUUCCUGAACUCAUUCGGAGUCUUGAAGAUCUUGGAGCACCCGAGUUUAACCCAAUAUUUUUAAAGAAACUAAUUACUCUCGCUAUGGACAGAAAAAACAGAGAAAAGGAAAUGGCAUCAGUACUACUAUCUGCUCUCCAUAUAGAGAUAUUCUCCACAGAGGAUAUAGUUAAUGGUUUUGUCAUGCUCCUGGAAAGCGCUGAAGAUACUGCACUGGAUAUAUUGGAUGCUUCAAAUGAACUCGCCCUGUUUUUAGCUCGGGCUGUGAUUGAUGAUGUAUUGGCCCCUCUCAAUUUAGAAGAAAUUGGCAGCAGGUUGCCGCCUAAAUGCAGUGGCAGUGAAACCGUGCGUAUGGCUCGAUCACUCAUUGCAGCUCGUCAUGCCGGUGAGAGGCUAUUGAGAUGUUGGGGUGGGGGUACAGGAUGGGCUGUGGAGGAUGCUAAGGACAAGAUCAUGAAGCUAUUGGAGGAGUAUGAAAGUGGGGGUGUGGUCAGUGAAGCAUGCCAGUGUAUUCGUGAUCUUGGAAUGCCUUUCUUUAACCAUGAGGUGGUGAAGAAAGCUUUGGUCAUGGCUAUGGAGAAGAAGAAUGACAGGAUGCUGGAUCUGCUGCAGGAGUGCUUCAGUGAAGGUCUGAUCACUAUCAAUCAGAUGACUAAAGGCUUCACUCGCAUCAAGGAUGGUCUUGACGAUCUGGCUCUUGACAUUCCGAAUGCUCGUGAGAAAUUCGCCUUCUACGUGGAGCACGCCACAAGCAAGGGCUGGCUUUUACCUUCAUUUGAUUCUCCAGAUGCCUGAAUUGCCCCAAAGCUGCGGCCUUGUGUGAGCAGGACAGUCAUUUUUAAUGCUUCUCUCAUGUACGCUGCUCGUUAGGUUCUGCCUCCUUAUGGAAAGGUUCCUGCGCAUGUUAUAUAAUUCCGGGAUGGUUAAACAGACUCCUGAGGAUUCAAGCCAAAAGAGGAGGGCAAACUCAUGAUGUUCCUUGUUAGCUGUUUGUUUACUUGUCUCCUUUUCCAGAAUCAUCUUGUCGACAGAGAUCCAUAUCUUAGUCGUUGUAUAAAGUUGGUCCUGUAUUCCAUGGACAGCGUUUUAGGAUGACAAUGUAUCAACAAGUAUUUUAGAUAGUAACGUAUUGUAUUUCUUUGCACCGUUUCUCUUCGUU